UAAUUACUGUGGAUGGUCAUUAAGAAACACCACAAAAGUGAGCAGUUGUUGGUCUUAAAUUCGGGCAGGUGGAAACCCACGUGAGCUUGUUUUACUAAGAGGAAUCCGGUCUUCUAUAAAGCACCGUGGCAGGAGUAUUACACCUUUUUGGACGGACGUCAAUUUGAGUCAUGGCAUCCCUCUCCGCCGCUCGUCAGUAACAAAAUUAUAAUCCAUUACCAUGGUAAUGGAUUCACUUAGAAGACCCAGUACCCAUGCUUGGAAAGUCCGGGAGGACCCUAGGAGGUGUUCAUGAUGGUGGUGUGGUGGGGUCUGCCGGUAGCGCUGAUCCUGGUGUUUCUCAGCGUCGGGAUGGGGUACCGGUCAGGUGCUCCGAGAGAGGCUUGCGUCACCAUGCAACCGGGACACACAAACACAGUUGCCAUGACAGCGGAGAGCCCUUAUCAUCUUGAAGUGCAUCUGGAGUUGACGCCCACGGGCGAGUAUGUUGUUGUUUCAAUCGAGGGAACUUCAUCCUUCAGAGGAUUUGUUCUUCAAGCCAGGGACGCCGAUAGCUCUAGCACCGAUGCAGUGGGUUCGUUCCCUUCAGGUGGAUUCAACAGUGGCCGCUCGGAGACGGUUUCCUGUAACGAUGUUGCGGACAGCGCGCUCACACAUAUCAACAAGGGAGUGAAGAGAGAGAUGACUGGCACUUGGAAAGCUCGCGAGGAUGAUCACGUAAAGGCGGUGUAUUUCAUUGCUACAGUUGUGCGAUCUUUCGACGAGUACUGGGUCGGCAUUGUAUCUCGGACUAUCCAUUUGACGGGGCGAGUCAACAACGAUGAGAACACCUUCACAACACCAUUAUCGGGUAGCGCCAGCUCGACCUUCACCACAGCGGAAUCGGCACCGUCAAAAUCACCCUACGGCUACCCCAGCAGCUACCCUGAAACUACAAUGGUAACAGGGGGAGUAACCAGUGACUCUUCGACCAUCACCGGUGAUGACUCAGCCACGACAGGAGUUUCUGACAAUCAAUCCACCUCGGCCACUAGGGAUGAUCAACCUGUAUCCACAGGUUGGACCACCAACAGCCAGAGGACUACUGGUAAACAUGAAAUUACGCAAUAUGAAGCUUUUGAAAGUACCGCAGCUGACGACAGAUCACGUGUCACAACUGAUUCUUAUGUGGACAUGCUUACUACACGAAAUACGGUUUCAAACCGAAGAACUUUGACAAAAUCAGACUUGUCGACAUCAGCUGAAUUGUCAACACCAGUAGAUUUGUCGACACCGGAGGAUGUUUUGACGCAUGUUGAACUGUCGACACAAUCUUAUGAGACAACGAUCAAGGAAAUGACAGAAGAUUUGUCGACAAUAACUUCUUCAAGAAUACACCACAGAACACAUUUAACACAUACCGGUGCAACAUUAAAUUCAAACCCUAGCACACCAUUAAGCACAGUAGUAAACAUUUCAAGACCGGUCGAUUCGACGACACCGACACACAUUGACGUAUCAAGACGUUCCGAAAUGUCGACAACACCAUCAGAGAGGACGAGUAAGAAAACGAAUGAGUUAAUGUCAACACUUUCUUCAACUACACUACACCCAAGAACGCAGCCGCCACAUUUGUCAUCUACGAUGGAGUCGACGUUGAGUACAACAAUAGAGUCGUCGCCACCUGCACCCGUUGAGAUGGAAGUGUCGACAACACUGAGUAAGACAGAAGAUGAUACAGAUUCAAGUUACACAUCUUCCUCGACAACAUUUCAACCAAUAACACAACUCACACAUCUGCCAUUAGAAUCCACCACAGACUCAUCGCUAGGCACAAUCAUAACCUCAGGCACCUCGACCACGAACGAACCGACUACGGCAUUCAUAACUGAUAGCCCAACAACGGGCACAGACUACCACACAACACCACUUGGAGAGGAAAACACCUCUACAGUAGAUCAACCAAAACAAAGUACGGAUGAUGUUUCUGAAGAAGUUACGGUCAAACCAUUCGAAAAUGUUACAGAUUUUGCACACAGUUCACCAGACCCCACAACUAACAAUUCAUCCGUGUCCGAUAACUCGCAAACAACGGUAGAUUUUGAAACGGUCUCACGAUAUAAUGCUACUUUCGAAGUAUCAACACUUGACGCUUCAACAGAUUCUACGACUACUGACGGUGCAACUCAAACUGAACCACAAGCAACAACGACAGCUGAAACAAUCCCAGUUAGUUCAAAUACUCCACUUGGACCGCAAGCAACAACGAGAGGUAAAACAACCCCAGUUACUGUUUCAACUUUUCCUCCUGGUACCCAAAUAACGGAUGAUGUAACUGAAGUUGCAACCAAUGAUAACACAGAAGGGAUGGAUUUUUCUACAUCAGUGGGUUAUGCAGAAUUAUCCACUUAUGUACCAAUAGCUACAUCAACAGACGCCGCACCUCUGGCCACAUCCACUACCGAAAGAGCAAGCAUCACUUUAGAAGAGCCAAACGAAGUUCGAAUGCGAUUGAGGAUUGUCGAUAUCCCGUUCACGGAAGAUUUUCGAGAUUCAAACUCCAAUACAUAUAAGAGAGUUGCAGAUGAGGUCGAGCAGGCAGUUUGGGACUUGUACAUGCGAAACAAGGUUACAACAAUGGAGACGGUGAAGGUUCUUCAAAUAACAAAAGGCAGCGUAGUCCCAGAAGUACAGCUUCUUGCGUCACAAGACUUGAAUGCAGCUGAAAAAUCUAACUGGCUUAGUGUCGUGUACAACGAAAUCAGCAGCGGUGGUAAACUUGGAAACUUCACUGUUUCUGACAUAUCCGCAUUAUCAGCAGAUGGAACGUACACGGAAGUCGACCCGUGUUUUCUUCUCCCCUGCCCGGACUCGAUGGUCUGCUUCGUCUACCAAAGCUCGUGUCUCUCAAACUGUUUUCUUAACUCCAACUACUGUAUGAAUGACGGUGCCUGCAGAGACCCACUGGGUAACACACAGUUGGUGUCAUGCAGUUGCACCUCAAACCAUGAAGGUGAACGAUGCGAAGUCACAAAGAUUCCAGUAACACCAGACACAGGUGAUCUCAACGUCAACUCUCUCUUUGCCAUUGUAUGGGGUUCAGUUGGUGCAGUGUGCUUCGUCCUAAUCGUGAUCUUUUUAACAUUGUUGAUCAGGAAAAUGAGGAAAAGACGCUCUUGGAGACACACGGCGAAGCUGAUGGGCAUCCGUGAAUCGGGACUCUCCCAACACUCCGGUGAAUCUCAGAUGGACAGCUACGCCAAACACCUGACAUCGAUACGUGCAGGCGUACUGAUUGAUCUCUCCAACAUCAGCAUCAGCGCCAGUGAAGACGAGAGCAACGACCCCCAGAGGAGAUCCAGGAGCUCCUCCUUCGCAACAUCAGAGACAGAGUCUCUUGACCAGCAGCCCAGGUUCAUCGACGGCGGCGUACACAUAGGAGGUAUGCCCGAUAUACUCCAGGGCGCCUCGACAACAGACUACGAACUCGAUAUCAUGACUCGACCUUUUAACCCCAAGAGGAAAUCCGUCAGUUUCAAUGACGUCACGGAGAUGAUCGACUUCGUUGCGACUGAGAACUUCAGCCUCGCGGCGAACAGAGAGGGCGCUGACAGCAGCGGGAACUUUCAAGUGCGAUGGGAUUUUCAGGUGGAUAGCUCGCAGUCGGGAGGCGCGUCUACGUCGUGACAGUACGCGCCGUCUUCGCUGGUCCCCAGUACUACCCCUACGGCUGCCGGUUCGGCCCCCGGGGUAAAACCAUCUCAAUCUGAUACUCAAGAAGCUAGUUCGAAGAGUACGUUCUCUAAUGUUUACUUCUAGAAAUCUGAAAGACAACAACUGAUUAAGCUAUAGUGCAAAUAAGAUACGUUAGAUGUUUUUUCUGAAAGAAGCUUUCAAGACAAUCAAAGAAAUGAAGUUCCAAUGUCAUCUUGAUGCAGAUCUCGGAAUGAAAUCAUAAGCAUUUCUGAGUAUCGAACCAUUUGCGUCAAAAAUGAAACUCAAUAUAAUUAUAAUUAUUUGUUCCUAAUCAAAGAGAUAAUCAGUUGAUACUUGAAUGUAAACAGUAAAAAAAAAGUAAACCACAAACUUGGUCAUGAAGUCAAUGGUACAUCGCUCGUGUGGUGCACCUUUCAAAAUUGGCUUCAAGAUCAAAACAGAGAGAUGGGGGACCCGUGAAAACGGCGAACCAGAAUCUAACCGUCCAAUAGGUAAAGUGCUUUCACUUUUGCCCAUUAUUUGAUACCAAAGAUAAUUCAUACAAAAACUAUAACUUUAUAUGAUUUAACUUCUUGAUUUUGUUUAAAUAAUACAAGAGAGCCUCAGGAAAUAUUGUUCAAGAACCUAGACUAAGAUCUGAUAAAAAAUUCUUACAGUGACUUUAUAAAGGCAGUUUGAUACUUUUUUACACACAAUGUAUUUGUAUUACAUCUUGUUUGAAGAGUGCAAACUAUCGCUUUAAACAGAAAAGAACAAACAAAAACAAAACAACCAGCAGUAAAGUAUUUUCAAGCUUUUUGAAGAAAAAUUCAUUUCAAAUUUCACAUUAAUUUAGCAUUAUGAAAGCAAGCCUGAAUGCUUGAUAUGGUGAAACAGCACUGGCACGUAAGGGGUUUUCGUUGGAAAAGGGCAACCUAUGAGGACAAUUUCUACUGAAGCAUUUUAAGGGCACCGAGGCAAUGACCAUAGGGGCGUGGAGGCAAUUGUGUCCGUUGUCUGUGAAAGGAAAGUAUUGAAGAAAGUGUAUGGGUACCCUGUACCAGUAAGCUAAAGGAAAAACAUUUUUUAUAUAAAAAAAACACAACAGUACAAAAAACACUCAGGUAUCGUUGCUAAAGCUGGAUACGAAGUGUGAUCUUAUUUCUCUAGAGACGUGAAAGGUGCUUCCACUUCAUUAAUUUGAUUUACUGUUUCGGUAAAUAUACAUGUAUGCAACUCUGAUUCUUACGCAUAAUAUUGCUGGGCAUCGCUACGGUAGCUCAUUUUGUGCUAUUCGUAACUUUUGAUGUUAUCCAUUUGGGUCACGUGGGGCUUAAAUCUAGCAAUGGGAAAAAGUGCAACGAGAUAACUUUUGAAAGUCAGCUUUGAACUAUUUUUUGAAGUUUAAAAGGGAUUGUAUUACUGUCCCUUUAAAGGAUUAUGGUAUUUUUUGUAACACAAAACACAAUGUCCACAGAUUUACAUUAAACUCACAUCGUUUGAAGUUAAUGAUAAUAAAAAGCGUAUCCUUAAAGUAUUAGUUGCUGAGGUGCUGUAGUUUUUGAGAAAUGAGUAAACCAAUGUCAUGAA